AUGCUGCGAAACGGCAGUCUCCGACAGAGUCUGCGGACUCUCGACUCACUCAGUUUAGCACCGGAAGACGUGCUAAAGACGGCGAUUAAGACGGUGGAGGACUAUGAAGGGGAUAAUAUCGAUGAGAAUGGAGAAAUCAAAAUAACUCGAGAUGCUAAGGAUGAGGUGGUGAAGAAGGUCUCGAUUCCUCAAUUGUAUCGCUACACAACAAUGUUGGAAAAGAUUAUGCUGUUCGUGGGAACAGUAGUGGCGCUUAUCACUGGAGCAGGAUUGCCGUUGAUGUCGAUUCUGCAGGGACAGGUGUCACAGGCAUUCAUUAACGAACAGAUUGUGAUUAACACGGGGAACACGACAAUCCCUCCCAAUGGCCGAAACUACACGAAAACCGACUUCGAGCACGAUGUGAUGAAUAUUGUUUGGAGUUACGCUGCAAUGACAGUAGGAAUGUGGGCAGCCGGUCAGAUUACUGUAACUUGUUAUCUCUACGUGGCAGAACAGAUGAAUAAUCGAUUGAGACGAGAGUUUGUGAAAGCCAUUUUGCGGCAGGAUAUCUCAUGGUUCGAUACGAAUCACUCGGGAACUUUAGCGACUAAACUUUUUGAUAACUUGGAACGUGUAAAAGAAGGAACCGGAGACAAAAUCGGCAUGUCAUUCCAGUACUUCAGUCAAUUCAUCACCGGAUUCAUCGUCGCCUUCACUCACAGCUGGAAACUCACUCUGGUCAUGUUAGCAGUCACUCCGUUACAAGCUCUCUGCGGUUUCCUCAUCGCCAAGUCAAUGUCGACAUUCGCAAUUCGAGAGACUGUAAGAUAUGCGAAAGCUGGAAAAGUGGUGGAGGAAACCAUAUCGAGCAUCCGUACAGUGGUGUCAUUGAACGGUCUGAGACACGAGUUGGAAAGAUAUGCGACUGCUGUCGAGGCUGCAAAAAAGUCUGGAGUUAUGAAGGGUCUCUUCUUGGGUAUUUCAUUUGGAGCUAUGCAAGCUACUAACUUCUUCUCAUUCGCUUUGGCAUUUUAUAUCGGUGUCGGAUGGGUUCAUGACGGAUCGUUGGCUUUUGGAGAUAUGCUUACGACCUUCUCCUCUGUCAUGAUGGGAUCGAUGGCUCUAGGACUUGCCGGCCCACAGCUUGCAGUUCUCGGAACAGCACAAGGAGCCGCUUCAAGUAUUUAUGAAGUCUUGGAUAGAAAACCAGUGAUUGACUCAUCUAGCCCCGCUGGUCGUAAAGAUAUGAAAAUCAAGGGAGACAUCACCGUGGAGAACGUCCACUUCACUUAUCCAUCCCGUCCGGAUGUCCCGAUUCUACGUGGAAUGAACCUUCGUGUCAACGCUGGACAAACCGUCGCUCUGGUCGGAUCGUCUGGUUGUGGAAAGUCGACGAUUAUCAGUUUGUUACUUCGAUAUUAUGACGUUUUGAAAGGAAAGAUAUCGAUUGAUGGAGUCGACGUUCGGGAUAUCAAUUUGGAGUUUUUGAGAAAGAAUGUGGCUGUUGUUAGUCAGGAACCGGCAUUAUUCAAUUGUACCAUUGAGGAGAAUAUUAGACUUGGUCGAGAAGACAUCACCCGUGAGGAGAUGAUAGCUGCUUGUAAGAUGGCCAACGCUGAGAAGUUCAUCAAAACCCUCCCAGCCCAGUACGGUACUCUCGUCGGAGAUCGUGGAACCCAACUAUCUGGAGGUCAGAAGCAACGUAUCGCCAUCGCGCGUGCUCUCGUAAGAAAUCCAAAAAUUCUUCUUCUCGAUGAAGCCACGUCAGCUCUGGACGCCGAAUCCGAAGGAAUUGUGCAGCAGGCUCUCGACAAGGCAGCCAAGGGACGUACCACUAUCAUCAUUGCUCAUCGUUUGUCAACUAUUCGCAAUGCUGACCUCAUUAUUUCUUGUAAAAAUGGACAAGUUGUGGAAGUUGGAGAUCACAGAACACUGAUGGCUCAACAAGGACUGUAUUAUGACUUGGUAACAGCUCAAACGUUCACAGACGCCGUUGAUGCUUCUGCAGGAGGAAAAUUCUCCCGCGAGAACAGCAUCGCACGUCAAACCUCGGAAAUCCACGAAGCACUCUCCCGCCAAGCAUCUGAAAUGGACGAUAUGAUGACUCGUGUGAGAAGUUCCACAAUGGGAUCAAUCACAAAUGGACCAGUGAUCGAGGAGAAAGAGGAGCGAUUGGGAAAAGACGCGUUGACUCGGCUGAAGCAGGAGUUGGAGGAGAAUAAUGCACAGAGGACGAAUCUAUUUGAGAUUCUAUACUAUGCAAAGCCACAUGCUCUCUCACUUUUCAUUGGAAUGACUGCAGCGACAAUCGGAGGAUUCAUCUACCCAACUUACUCCGUAUUCUUCACUUCCUUUAUCAAUGUUUUCUCCGGAAACCCGAACGAUAUUCUCAGUCAAGGACACUUCUGGGCUCUUAUGUUCUUGGUACUGGCCGCUGCUCAGGGUAUCUGCUCGUUCUUGAUGACAUUCUUCAUGGGUAUCGCUUCUGAAUCAUUGACGAUGGAUUUGAGAAAUAAGCUGUUCCGAAAUGUGUUGUCACAGCAUAUCGGGUUCUUCGACUCGCCACAGAAUGCGUCUGGAAAGAUUUGUACUAGAUUGGCAACGGAUGUUCCGAAUUUGAGAACGGCCAUUGACUUCCGUUUCUCCACCGUCAUCACCACCAUCGUCUCCAUGAUCGCCGGAAUCGGACUCGCCUUCUACUACGGUUGGCAAAUGGCUCUCCUCAUCAUAGCCAUCCUUCCAAUCGUCGGCUUCGGCCAAUAUCUUCGUGGACGUCGCUUCACCGGAAACAACGUGAAAAGUGCCUCAGAAUUCGCGGAUUCCGGAAAGAUCGCUAUCGAGGCGAUUGAGAAUGUGCGGACAGUGCAGGCGUUGGCUAAGGAGGAUACGUUCUACACGAACUUCUGCUCGAAAUUGGAUGUUCCACAUAAGGAAGCGAUUAAGGAGGCUUUCAUUCAGGGACUCUCUUAUGGAUGCGCGUGCUCCGUACUCUACCUUCUCAACACGUGUGCAUACCGUAUGGGUCUCGCACUCAUCAUCCACCAACCCAACCCAAUCAUGACCCCAAUGCGUGUCCUUCGUGUCAUGUAUGCCAUCACAAUUUCCACGUCGACACUCGGAUUCGCCACCUCUUACUUCCCAGAGUACGCGAAGGCCACAUUUGCUGGUGGCAUCAUUUUCGGAAUGUUGAAGCAGAGAUCGAAAAUCGAUAGUUUGUCGACGGUGGGAGAGAAGAAGAAGUUGUCGGGAAAAGUGAUCUUCAAGAAUGUUCGAUUCGCGUAUCCAGAACGGCCAACAAUUGAGAUCCUCAAAGGACUUAGUUUCUCGGUGGAACCUGGACAAACUCUCGCACUAGUUGGACCAUCAGGAUGUGGUAAAUCUACAGUAGUCGCUCUACUCGAGAGAUUCUAUGACACUUUGUCGGGAGAGGUGUUCAUCGAUGGUGCUGAGAUAAAGACGUUGAAUCCUGAAGCGACGAGAUCACAAAUUGCAAUCGUCUCGCAGGAACCGACACUGUUUGACUGCUCGAUUGCUGAGAAUAUUGUUUAUGGAUUGGAUCCCGCCACCGUAACCAUGAGCCGAGUCGAGGAGGCGGCUAAACUUGCCAACAUUCACAACUUCAUCUCCGAACUGCCAGAAGGCUACGAGACACGUGUCGGUGACCGUGGAACCCAACUGUCCGGUGGUCAGAAGCAACGUAUCGCCAUCGCUCGUGCUCUCGUCAGGAAUCCGAAGAUUCUGUUGCUCGAUGAAGCGACGUCAGCACUGGAUACAGAAUCCGAGAAGAUUGUGCAAGACGCGUUGGAUAGGGCGAGAGAGGGGAGGACGUGUAUAGUGAUCGCCCAUCGGCUGAAUACAAUCAUGAAUGCCGAUUGCAUUGCGGUCGUUAGCAAUGGAACUAUAAUUGAGAAAGGAACUCAUACGGAGCUGAUGUCUCAAAAGGGCGCCUAUUUCAAGUUGACACAAAAGCAGAUGAGCGAAAAGAAAUAA